AUGUGGUUUCGUGUAUCAGCAGAUGGUCAAAGGGAGUUCACCCAUCACACGGACAUAAACCAAAUCAGCCUGUCUUAUCGUGGACGCACACGCUACAUUGGUGGGAGCUACUCCAGCUGUUCGGUCCAAAUUCGGGCUGUCAAGCUGAGUGAUGCAGGCCAGUACCACUUCAGGUUCGAGACAGACCAGCCACUGGGAAGAUGGACCUCUCCAGACACCAUCACUCUCGACGUAACAGACCUCCAGGUCCAGCUGCAUCCAACCAGGCCAGCCAACAUGUUUGGCUUUGCGGAGACUGUGUUUGUAGGCUGCCAGGCCACAGGAUGUGCUGCCCCAGGAAGGAGCCUCGCAUUGUACAGGAAUGGUCUAAACCUGGGUUCCUAUGAUAAAUGGAUGAUUAUCAAACGCUUUGACCGAGUGCACACUGGAGCGUAUAUCUGUCGACCAAUCCCACCACAGAAUGUGCAGUCCCCGCCUCUGUCUCUGGCUCUCGGCCAUGCUCCUCGUUUUACUUCCAUCCGAGUUGCUCCUUUAGGGGAGGUGUCAGAGGGCUUCUCGGCCACUCUGUCGUGCACUAGUGAAGCAGCUCCGCCGGUAGAGAGCUUUGCCUGGUUCAAAGACAGGGAGACUGGCAGCAUCCCAGACAAUUUUGGGCCUCAGCUCCACCUUUCCCACCUUAAAUACACAGACAGAGGAGAGUACUUCUGUGUGGCGCGGAACUCCCUCGGAACGGAACGCUCCAAACCACUUCUUCUCAACGCGACAUUCUCCCCAAAAGACACCCGUGUGCUGAUGACACCAUCUGGUGACAUUCGAGAAGGCUCCUUUGUCAACCUCAGCUGUGUCAGCUGUGCCCACCCUCCUACCAGCAGGCAUGCUUGGUAUCGCAUCCUAGGAGACCAGGUGUUAGCGAAAGAAAGCGUCCAGAACUUGACGUUCCCCUCCGUGCGUGCUCACCACGCUGCCUCUUCUCACUGA